GAAACCGCGCAUGCUCAGCUGAGUCACACGUCCAGGCAGUUAAUGCACGGAUAUACACUUCUCAUUUACUUCCAUCCUAUAGCACGGUGACGGGUCUCUAAGCAGCCUGACACAGGAGAGAGAGAGAGUGGCUGAAGGCAGUUUAAGGGAGGGGGGCAGCAGCGGUCGAUGCUGGUGACGCAGGAAAAACACCCAACAGCAGACAAUAAACCAAUGACCUGUUCUCAACACAGGCGUGUUAUUCAUAAUCGGGACAUCCAGGCACAUGCACGCGGCUGAGUAAUUAUUAAACAGCAUUUAAAUGAUCCAAUCUGGGGUCGUAUGGAGGAAAGAUCCAGUUUGAUUGUGGGUUAUGCAAUGGUCUCUGCAACUUAUCCAGUCCCCCAGGUGGUGCUUUCACUUUCAGAAGUGUGCCGGUUCUCCGUCGCUCCUAAGGAGAAACUGAUUUCUUCUUGUGUGCCAGCGACAUAAGCAGACAAGAUUGCAAAGAUCUGCCCCGUGUCGAGUAUGACGGCCACGACCCGUGGCUCCCCUGUGGGAGGGAAUGAUGGUCAGGGCCAGGCUCCGGAUGGCCAGUCCCAGCCACCCCUGCCCCAGAACCAGACAUCCUCUCCCAACUCAUCCAACGAGAACUCCCCAGUGAGCCCACCAGAUGACCAGGGUCAGGGGGACAGUCCCACUCCCCUGGAGGAGGAGGAGCCAGCUUUCCCCCACACUGAACUGGCCAAGCUGGAUGACAUGAUCAACAGACCUCGCUGGGUCGUUCCAGUUUUACCAAAGGGUGAAUUAGAAGUUCUUCUUGAAGCUGCUAUAGAUCUUUGUAAAAAAGGACUUGAUGUCAAGUGUGAAGCAUGCCAGAGGUUUUUCAGAGAUGGCUUGACAAUAUCCUUUACGAAAAUACUGACAGAUGAGGCUGUUAGUGGAUGGAAAUUUGAGAUCCAUCGGUGCAUCAUUAAUAACGCCCACCGACUGGUGGAGCUGUGUGUGAGCAAGCUUUCUCAGGACUGGUUCCCUCUGCUAGAACUCUUGGCGAUGGCCACCAACCCCCACUGUAAGUUCCACAUCUACAAUGGUACUCGACCCUCUGAGACGGUGCCUGCUGGGGUUCAGCUAGCUGAGGAUGAGCUUUUUGCCCGUCCACCUGACCCUCGCUCUCCUAAGGGCUGGUUGGUGGAUUUAAUAAACAAAUUUGGCACGUUAAACGGGUUUCAAAUUCUGCAUGAUCGAUCCAUGAGUGGCCAAGCUCUGAAUGUUCAGAUCAUUGCUGCACUCAUUAAGCCUUUUGGACAGUGCUAUGAGUUUCUCACUUUGCACACAGUGAAGAAGUACUUCCUUCCCAUCAUAGAAAUGGUUCCCCAGUUUCUAGAAAACCUCACAGAUGAGGAAUUGAAAAAGGAAGCAAAGAACGAAGCCAAAAACGAUGCCCUGUCUAUGAUAAUCAAAUCUUUGAAGAACCUGGCUUCUCGAGUACCAGGACAAGAGGAAACAGUGAAGAAUUUAGAGAUAUUUCGGUUAAAAAUGAUUCUUAGGUUAUUGCAGAUUUCUUCUUUUAAUGGCAAAAUGAAUGCACUAAAUGAAGUGAACAAGGUGAUUUCAAGUGUUUCCUACUACACACAUCGUCAUGGCAAUCCUGAAGAGGAAGAGUGGCUGACAGCAGAACGCAUGGCAGAAUGGAUUCAGCAGAACAAUAUUUUGUCUAUUGUGCUGCGAGACAGCCUUCAUCAGCCACAAUAUGUGGAGAAACUGGAGAAGAUCCUGCGAUUUGUCAUCAAAGAAAAGGCCCUAACGCUUCAGGACCUGGACAACAUCUGGGCCGCUCAAGCAGGGAAACAUGAGGCUAUUGUCAAGAACGUUCAUGAUCUUCUUGCAAAGCUGGCAUGGGAUUUCUCACCUGAACAGCUGGACCAUCUCUUUGACUGCUUCAAGGAGAGCUGGACUAAUGCAAGUAAAAAGCAGAGAGAGAAGUUACUGGAAUUGAUUCGUCGACUGGCAGAGGAUGACAAGGAUGGUGUGAUGGCUCACAAAGUACUCAAUCUACUGUGGAAUUUGGCCCAUAGUGAUGAUGUUCCUGUGGAUAUCAUGGACCAGGCCCUUAGUGCUCAUAUUAAGAUUUUGGACUAUAGCUGUUCCCAGGACAGGGACACACAGAAGAUGCAGUGGAUAGACCGAUUCAUUGAAGAAUUAAGAACUAAUGACAAAUGGGUGAUUCCUGCACUGAAGCAAAUACGGGAGAUCUGUAGCCUCUUUGGAGAAGCCCCCCAGAAUUUAAGUCAAACGCAGCGGAGCCCACAUGUCUUCUAUCGACAUGACCUAAUCAACCAACUGCAGCACAACCAUGCACUGGUCACUCUUGUAGCAGAGAACCUGUCUGCAUACAUGGAGAAUAUGAGGCAGUUCUCGAAAGAGCACACAGACUUUGAUCCCCAGACGGUUAGGCCAGGAAGUCGGUAUAGUCAUGUUCAGGAGGUCCAGGAGCGGCUCAAUUUCUUGAGGUUCUUACUGAAAGAUGGGCAACUCUGGCUGUGUGCACCUCAGGCUAAGCAGAUCUGGAAGUGCCUGGCUGAGAACGCAGUGUUCUUGUGUGAUCGGGAGGCCUGCUUCAAAUGGUACUCCAAACUCAUGGGGGAUGAACCCGACCUUGACCCUGACAUCAACAAGGACUUUUUUGAGAACAACGUACUGCAGCUUGACCCCUCGCUGCUGACAGAGAACGGGAUGAAAUGCUUUGAACGAUUCUUCAAGGCAGUCAACUGCAGGGAGGGCAAACUGGUGGCAAAACGCCGGGCAUACAUGAUGGAUGACUUGGAGCUGAUAGGGCUGGAUUACCUGUGGAGGGUUGUGAUUCAAGGAAGUGAUGAUAUUGCUAGCCGAGCAAUUGACUUGCUUAAAGAGAUUUAUACAAACCUCGGACCAAAAUUACAAGCCAAUCAGGUAGUGAUCCAUGAGGAUUUUAUUCAGUCUUGCUUUGACCGGCUCAAAGCCUCCUAUGACACUCUGUGUGUGCUGGAUGGAGAUAAAGACAGCAUUAACUGUGCCAGACAGGAGGCCAUCCGCAUGGUGAGAGUACUGACGGUGCUCAGGGAGUAUAUAACCGAGUGUGACAGUGACUACCACGAGGAGAGGACUAUCCUGCCCAUGUCCAGGGCUUUCCGAGGAAAGCAUAUCACACUAGUUGUGCGUUUCCCAAACCAAGGCCGACAGGUUGAUGAUCUGGAUAUUUGGUCACAUACCAAUGACACAAUUGGCUCUGUGCGACGCUGCAUUCUGAAUCGAAUAAAGGCCAACAGCACACACACCAAGAUUGAGCUGUUCAUCGGGGGAGAGAUCAUUGACCCAGCAGAUGACAGGAAGCUAAUCGGGCAGCUAAACCUCAAAGAUAAAACUCUCAUCACAGCCAAGCUCACCCAGGUUAGCGCCAAUAUGCCUUCCAGUCCAGACAGCUCCUCAGACUCCUCCACUGGUUCCCCUGGGAACCAUGGCAAUCACUUCAGUGAUGGGCCAAACCCUGAAGUGGAGAGCUGUCUUCCCGGCGUGGUGAGCACUUUGCCAUUCAGGCACACAAUUGAUCCAAACUGUCUAUUUAUUUACACAUUGAAUAUAUUGAAAGGGGAGUGCAUCUAUGUUACAGUGGUGUACGCCUUGCUCAUGCCUGCCAGUGGGACAUUGGGCGAGGAUGCUAGUGACUUCCAGUACAACUUCUUGAAGAGUGGUGGCCUGCCCCUGGUUUUGAGCAUGCUGACCAGAAAUAACUUCCUGCCAAAUGCUGACAUGGAGACCCGGCGGGGAGCUUAUCUCAACGCACUAAAAAUAGCCAAACUGCUGCUCACAGCUGUAGGCUUUGGCCAUGUGAAGUCUGUGGCGGAGGCCUGCCAGCCUGUGGUGGAGGGGACUAUCCCUGUAUCGCCUAUCAACCAGACCACACAUGACCAGGCUCUAGUGCUACAGAAUGCCUUGCAGAAUAUCCCCAACCCCUCCGCCGAGUGCAUGCUGCGGAACGUGGCCAUCCGCCUCGCCCAACAGAUCUCAGAUGAGAACUUCUUCCAGGCCUCAAAGUACAUCCCAGAUAUCUGUGUCAUUCGAGCGGUUCAGAAGAUAGUCUGGGCUUCUGGCUGUGGCUCUGUUCAGCACGUCUUCAGUUCUAAUGAGGAGAUCAGCAAGAUCUACGAGAAGACAAAUGCUGGCAAUGAGCCGGAUACAGAAGAUGAGCAGGUGUGCUGUGAAGCUCUGGAGGUCAUGACCCUGUGUUUCGCCCUUAUGCCCACUGCACUAGAUGCACUUAGCAAAGAAAAGGCCUGGCAGACCUUCAUUAUAGAUCUGCUGCUGCACUGCCAGAGCAAGUCUGUUCGUCAAAUGGCCCAAGAACAGUUCUUCCUUAUGGCCACCCGAUGUUGUAUGGGCCAUAGGCCUCUUCUCUUCUUCAUCACCCUCCUCUUCACAGUUUUAGGUAGCACUGCAAAAGAGCGGGCAAAGCAUGCUGCUGAUUACUUCACUCUUCUUAGGCACUUACUCAACUAUGCAUAUAACAGCAACAUUAAUCUUCCUAAUGCAGAAGUUCUCUUAAACAAUGAGAUUGACUGGUUAAAGCGCAUCCGGGAUGAAGUGAAGAGGACCGGAGAGCCUGGGGUUGAGGAGACAAUUUUGGAAGGUCAUAUUGGUGUCACAAAAGAGCUACUAGCAUUCCAGACCCCAGAGAAGAAGUUCUACAUUGGCUGUGAAAAAGGAGGCGCUAGUCUUAUCAAGGAGUUAAUGGAUGACUUCCUGUUCCCAGCAUCUAAUGUGUACCUGCAAUAUAUGAAGAGUGGAGAAUUCCCCACUGAGCAGGCCAUACCUGUGUGUAGCACCCCAGCCACAAUCAAUGCCGGCUUUGAACUGCUGGUUGCACUUGCUGUCGGAUGUGUGCGAAAUCUCAAGCAGAUUGUGGACACACUAACUGAUAUGUACUAUUUAGGUUGUGAACCACUUACAGAAUGGGAGUAUUUGCCGCCAGUUGGCCCAAGGCCCACUAAGGGGUUUGUGGGUCUGAAAAAUGCAGGUGCGACUUGCUACAUGAACUCAGUGAUCCAGCAGCUCUACAUGAUUCCUCCUAUCAGGAAUGGCAUCCUGGCCAUUGAAGGCACGGGCAGUGAUGUGGAUGAUGAUAUGUCUGGAGACGAGAAGCAAGAUAAUGAGAGUAAUGUGGAUCCACGGGAUGAGGUGUUUGGCUAUCAGCACCAGUUUGAAGACAAACCUUCUCUCGGUAAGUCGGAAGACAGGAAGGAAUACAACAUUGGGGUUCUUCGGCAGUUGCAGGUCAUUUUUGGACACUUGGCUGCCUCCAGGUUGCAAUAUUACGUGCCUAGGGGAUUCUGGAAGCAAUUUCGGUUGUGGGGUGAACCAGUCAAUCUGAGGGAACAGCAUGAUGCCCUGGAGUUCUUUAACUCACUGGUAGACAGUCUAGACGAGUCUUUGAAAGCAUUGGGUCACCCUGCCAUGCUGAGUAAAGUACUGGGUGGCUCUUUUGCUGACCAGAAAAUAUGUCAGGGCUGUCCUCACAGAUAUGAAUGUGAGGAAUCGUUUACGACGUUGAAUGUAGAUAUCAGAAACCAUCAAAAUCUAAUUGAUUCUAUGGAGCAGUACGUGAAAGGAGACUUGCUCGAGGGUGCAAAUGCCUAUCACUGUGAAAAAUGCAACAAGAAGGUGGACACAGUGAAACGUUUACUCAUUAAGAAGUUUCCUCCGGUGUUGGCCAUCCAGCUGAAACGCUUUGAUUAUGACUGGGAACGAGAGUGUGCCAUCAAGUUCAAUGAUUACUUUGAGUUCCCACGGGAGUUAGACAUGGAGCCCUAUACAGUAGCUGGAGUAGCUAAGCUGGAGGGGUCUGAUGUGCACCCAGAGAACCAGCAGGAGGUGAUCCAGCAGAAUGAGCCGUCGGAGCCGGAACCCCCCUGCAGCUCUCGCUAUCGUUUGGUGGGAGUUCUGGUCCACUCAGGCCAGGCUAGUGGAGGUCAUUAUUACUCCUACAUCAUUCAGAGGAACGGCAGUGGUUGUGAGGGAGAAAGGAACCGUUGGUACAAGUUUGACGAUGGUGACGUCACUGAAUGCAAGAUGGACGAUGACGAGGAGAUGAAGAACCAGUGCUUUGGUGGAGAGUACAUGGGCGAGGUCUUCGACCACAUGAUGAAACGCAUGUCCUAUAGGCGACAGAAGCGCUGGUGGAACGCCUACAUUCUCUUUUAUGAGCGAAUGGACACAUUAGACAAGGAUAGCGAGCUAGUUAAAUACAUCACUGAGCUGACAGUGACCAGCAAACCUUACCAGGUGAAGAUGCCCUCUGCUAUUGAACGCAGUGUGCGCAAACAAAAUGUGCAGUUUAUGCACAACCGUAUGCAGUACAGCUUGGAGUACUUCCAGUUCAUCAGGAAAUUGCUGACCUGUAACAGUGUCUACUUGAACUCACCGCCAGGUCAAGACCACCUUUUGCCUGAAGCAGAAGAAAUGGCUAUGAUUAGUAUACAGCUCGCGGCUAGAUUUCUCUUCAGCACUGGGUUCCACACAAAGAAAAUCGUCCGUGGCCCUGCUAGUGACUGGUAUGAUGCUCUGUGCAUCUUGCUACGACACAGUAAGAAUGUGCGUUACUGGUUUGCACAGAACGUCCUCUUUGCAUAUCCGAACCGCUUCUCCGAGUACCUGCUUGAAUGUCCCAGUGCAGAGGUUCGAGGGGCCUUCUCCAAACUCAUUGUAUUUAUUGCACAUUUCUCCCUGCAAGAUGGACCCUGCCCUUCACCGAUUGCCUCACCUGGACCUUCAAGUCAGGGCUGUGAUAAUUUGAGUUUGAGUGAGCACUUGUUCCGUGCCAUACUUAAUCUGCUGAGAAGGGAAGUGUCUGAGCAUGGCCGUCACCUGCAGCAGUACUUCAGCCUUUUCGUCAUGUAUGCCAACCUUGGCUUGGCAGAGAAGACGCAGCUGUUGAAGCUCGGGGUACCAGCUACCUUCAUGCUUGUGGCUUUGGAUGAGGGCCCCGGCCCUCCUAUUAAGUACCAGUAUGCUGAGCUCGGAAAGCUCUAUACUGUCGUCUCACAGCUGGUUCGCUGCUGUGAUGUGACGUCACGUAUGCAGUCCUCAAUCAACGGAAACCCUCCCCUGCCAAACCCAUAUGGUGACCCCAACAUCACCGCACCCAUCAUGCCUCUGCAGCAGGUGGUGGUGGACAUCCUGUUUGUGCGUACCAGUUAUGUGAAGAAGAUUAUCGAGGACUGCAGUAACUCAGAGGACACUAUCAAACUGCUGAGAUUCUGCUGUUGGGAAAACCCUCAGUUUUCCUCCACUGUGCUGAGUGAACUACUGUGGCAGGUGGCAUAUUCAUACACGUAUGAGUUAAGGCCUUACCUGGACUUGCUCCUUCAGAUCUUGUUUAUUGAAGACUCAUGGCAGACUCACAGGAUCCACAAUGUGCUGAAGGGAAUCCCUGAUGAUCGUGAUGGGCUUUUUGACACCAUUCAGCGCUCCAAAAAUCACUACCAAAAGAGAGCUUAUCAGUGUAUCAAAUGCAUGGUGGCUCUUUUCAGCAACUGCUCAGUGGCCUAUCAGAUUCUCCAGAGUAAUGGUGAUUUAAAGAGGAAGUGGACCUGGGCAGUGGAGUGGCUCGGUGACGAGCUGGAACGUAGACCAUACACUGGCAAUACCCAGUACACUUAUAAUAACUGGUCCCCUCCUGUCCAGAGCAAUGAGACUUCUAAUGGAUACUUUCUGGAGCGCUCUCACAGUGCCCGUAUGACUUUAGCCAAGGCCUGUGAGUUGUGCCCAGAAGAGUGUCACUUAACGAAGCACGAGGGGGUAUCUGAAGAGGACGCUGGCCGGAAUCCGUCCUCAACACAACAACUUUUGCCAGGGGAAGUGACAGGCCAACAACAGCACACCGAGCCUGAUGAGCAGGAGGCCCUUGAUGAGCAGGACACUUCUCCUCCAGAGGACACUGCUCUCUACCCUCACUCUCCGGGCACAAAGUUUCAACAGCAGAAUAACCUCCCGCAUACGCAGCCGUACACUGGUCCUGCAGCACAGCACGUCAACAACCCUCAGCGUCCAGGCCCACGAGCACAAGAGAACUGGGAGCCCCCUGAGGAGGUGCCGCCCAGUCAGACUAAAGACUAACAAUAUGUUGUCACACUGUCCUCCAUCUGAGUUCUCCAGCGAGAUACUCGAAUCCAGAGUAAGGCCAGGCCCCACCAUGCUGAUCUACUCCAGAGCCCGUGUAACCAGAACAUUAAGCUUCCCUCAAUUUCUAACCCAGGAGUGGAGAGUCUCUUCACCGUCUGCUCGACAGUAUUAACUGUCAAAAGUGUAACUUGCAGUGGACUGUGCAUAUUGUUUGUAGUAAUAAAACGGGCCUGUCGCACUUGUCUCAUGACAGAGGUGUACAUACUGUGUUAAUGUUUUGACUGUUCAAAAGCAACCGCGUGUGUGAUUGCUGUUGGGAGACUGCAGAUUUAUGAAAA